GUGGUAGAAGUAAUCAUUCCACGACUUACUGCUACUAUAGGCCAAAUAAUAUGCCUUUUGAUGUUUCAAGCUCACAGUGGAGAGGGUACACAAAUUUUCCUUCGUCUUUCCCAUGGAAUCCUAUGAUGCCUGGUGUUCCACAGUACACUAUGCCUUUGUAUCAAGGGUAUCCUAAUCAGUCAUCUAGAUUUCCUGCUCAGAACUCUGGUGGCUACAGAUUCAGUGGUGGGUUUAGGUCUCCUAGUGGACCUGCUCUACCCAUGCAACACUCCCAGUCCAUAUCACAGAUGCCAUCACCUCAACAUUUAACACAUCAGCCUUCAUUUGCUGGUUUCACUGAGAGUUUUGGCAUGCCUUCUUUCUCUGGGCCGUAUGGUAGUUGCUACAUGCAGCAAACUCCUUCUGCACCCUCAGUUGUUUACAAUGCUGAUUCCUACAACAGUACUGCAUCACAGCCAUGGUAUUUUGAUAGUGGGGCCACCAACCAUAUUACCAAUAACUUGCACAAUCUGAAUCUGGAACAUUCGCAACCCACAAAUGUGAAUGAAGGUGUCUUGGUUGGUAAUGGGAACACAUUGCAAGUUACUCACACUGGACAAGAACACUCAUCAAGUCCUCUACAAAGGCCCUUGUCACAAGGGUUUGUAUCCCAUUCUGAACCACUCUAAAGCUGCUUCAGCUACUGCUCUUCUUAGUCAAUCAUCUUCUGCAGAACUGUGGCACAGAAGGCUUGGGCAUCCAAGUACUCCUUUGUUUACUUCCUUAAUCAAACAAUUUAGUUUGCCUGUUGGUACUUCUACUUUAGUUGAGUGUCCUUCUUGUCGUAUGGCUAAGAGUCACAAACUUCCAUUUCCUAUUUCCAUUACUCAUACCACUGCUCCUUUUCAAUUAGUACAUAUGGAUGUUUGGGGACCUUCCCCCGUUGCUUCUAAUAAAGGUUUCAAGUAUUAUCUUUUGGUUAUUGAUGAUUUUUCACGAUACACUUGGUUGUUUCCUAUGCAUUACAAAUCUGAAGUUAAGUAUAAGAAUUCUAGUUUCAAAGCUUAUGUACAAACUCAAUUUGGCACUUGUGUCAAAACUGUUAGAAGUGACAAUGGGGGCGAAUUUCUUAAUCACUUUCUUCUUCAUUUGUUUCUUUCAUCUGGUGUCAUACAUCAAACUACCUGCCCCCAUACACCUGAACAAAAUGGGCUUGUGGAAAGAAAACAUAG